AGAGGCCUUAGCGCCUUCCGGAAGUAUCUGCGCUCUCGCGGCGGAAGACUCUCGGAAGAUUCUGCCUCUGCCCCGCCCUGCACGGCGCAGUGCAUGCUGGGCCACGUAGUCUCAGUCUCCCCGGCCGACAGGGCUGGGCCGCGUGCGGCUCCGGGCGGAGUCGGAGGGCGCAGGAUGUGAGCUCACAGCCCGGGAUUGCUGGCGGGCAGGCGGCCACAGGCUAGGGGUUACACGGAGUCUGCUCACCACCUAGCUGAGAAGAGAGGCGCCCCCGGGGACGCGCAGAGAGUAUGAGGCUCUGGCCUCUGCUGGCCACUCACUUCUGACCCCUUCCACCACGGCGGAGCCUUCCAAGCCUACCUCCUGCCGUGUGGUGAUCUACCUGCAGCGGGAGAUGUCGGGGGAUACCUGUCUGUGCCCAGCCUCAGGGGCCAAACCCAAGCUAAGUGGCUUCAAGGGAGGAGGGCUGGGCAACAAGUACGUCCAGCUCAAUGUGGGCGGCUCCCUGUACUAUACCACCGUGCGGGCACUAACCCGCCAUGACACCAUGCUCAAGGCCAUGUUCAGCGGGCGCAUGGAAGUGCUGACCGACAAAGAAGGCUGGAUCCUCAUAGACCGAUGUGGGAAGCACUUCGGCACCAUCUUGAAUUACCUGCGAGAUGAUACCAUCACCCUCCCUCAGAACCGGCAAGAAAUCAAGGAACUGAUGGCUGAAGCAAAAUAUUACCUCAUCCAGGGGCUAGUAAAUAUGUGCCAGACAGCCCUGCAGGACAAGAAGGACUCCUACCAGCCUGUGUGUAAUAUCCCCAUCAUUACAUCCCUGAAGGAGGAAGAGAAGCUCAUUGAAUCUUCCACGAAGCCCGUGGUGAAACUGCUGUACAACAGAAGCAACAACAAAUAUUCCUAUACCAGUAACUCUGACGACCACCUGCUGAAAAACAUCGAGCUGUUUGACAAGCUCUCCCUGCGUUUCAACGGCCGCGUACUCUUCAUCAAGGACGUCAUUGGCGACGAGAUCUGCUGCUGGUCCUUCUACGGCCAGGGUCGUAAGCUGGCAGAGGUGUGCUGCACCUCUAUUGUAUAUGCUACGGAGAAGAAGCAGACGAAGGUUGAAUUCCCAGAGGCCCGAAUCUAUGAGGAGACACUCAAUGUCCUACUCUACGAGACUCCCCGCGUCCCUGACAACUCCCUGCUGGAGGCCACAAGCCGUAGCCGUAGCCAGGCUUCCCCCAGUGAAGAUGAGGAGACCUUUGAACUGCGGGACCGCGUCCGCCGCAUCCACGUGAAGCGCUAUAGCACUUAUGAUGACCGGCAGCUUGGCCACCAGUCUACACACCGCGACUGACAAGACCCUCAGGGAGUCUGGGCACAGGAGGCCCUGUCUCCCAUCCUGUGGAACCCUGCCCCAUUGGCCAUCCCGUGCUGCUGCUGGCUGGGUCUCUACUCUAGCGCCCAGAGACAUGACAGGCCCUGCUGGAAGGUCAAAGGGUCUGGGCAGGGGAGCGACUGCAUUCCUCUGCCCUGCCCCUGAGCACUUCCAGAUGACUGAGCCCUGUCCCAUUUGCUCUGCAUCACCCUUCCUGCCUGACAGGGAGCCACCUCUGCUCUGGGGUGAGUGGACCGACCUACCCUCCUCCCGCUUAGAACAUCCCCCUUCCUCUGCUGAAGGGCUGCUGCCCCUGAGGCCUCAGCAGAGGCCCCGGGGGAAUGGAUUCAUUCUGGGAGAAAGGCGACUUCUGGUGCUGUGGAGGGUCUGUUUUGUUGUGGUGGUGGUUGUUUUGAGCUGAAGUCUCUGUCACCCAGGCUGCAG